CCAGAGAGCUGAGCCGAUCGAGAGUUGUUUGCCUGGGAAAGCAAACCGUGAUCCAAGGCUGCAGGACAUUACAGUGGGGAGCCAUACUCUCUGCAGUGAAAGACCAAAUUCCAUCUCUGGACUCUGACACCUCAGUGUCUGACUGUGAGGAUGAUGGGGAGCUCUUCAUUUUCCAGCGAGAUGAACCCAGUCUGAUCCCUGACUUGUCAGAAGAACUUGAAGAUAUUUCUCUUGAACACCUGGACAUGCAGCAAAUCCUAGAAACUAGGAGACCCCCAAGAGAGAUGUGGAACGGAGAUGGAGAAAGAUUAUAUUUUCAGAAAGUAAUGGAUGACACUCAACCUGUGGCAAGAGAACGCACACCAUUGUGUAGGAAUGAGUCAGAUGCAUUUACCAGCGUGACUGGAGAAACUCUAGACAAAAGUGCAGCAUUCCUUCCAGAAUUCCUUGUAGAUCCCACAGAUCAAGUUCUUAAAAUGAAAGAAUUAGGCAGUGAAAAAAAGGAGGAAACCGAGGAAUUCGGGAUGAAUAACAAACCAUCUAGGAGAAAGCCGUACUUUGGAGAAUCAAACAGCAAUGCGGAGGAGAGAAGAAAGAUGAUAGAAACAAAAAUACUCUCUAAAAUAACCUUGGAGCCGUCUCCUAGAAAUGUAGGUCACCCAGAGCUAAAUAUCAACUCGCCCUUGGAGACCAAUAGUGACAAUUUAGACAGAUUCCCUCAUGCAGGAAAUGAGCAAGGAGCCUCUUCAGGUGAACACCCUCGAGGGCUAACACUCUUUUCUUUGCAGGAUAUUGAGAAGUGGGAUCUAGACAAGAUUCUCAAGAACCUGGAACAUCAGGAUGAUGGAACUCACUCAGAAGAACCUGCUUUCCCUUCAGUGGAUCACAAGACUUGGAUUGCUAGAUCUGAAAGUAGGCUCAUGGCAAAGCUAGAAGAGUUGUGUGCCAAGCAGUCCAAGGCAUUGGCCCUACAGCACAGAAGGUCAUCAUCAGCCAAGAAAAAAAUUGUCCGCAUACAACCUCCACCAAGCUGUCAAAGUAUGAAGAUAGUGGAACUACAGUACCAUGCAGAGCCCCAGACAGUAUAUAUAGAUUUAAGGGAUGCUAAACCACAGAAAUCUGAGUCGCCACCCAAUGAAAAGAUGAGCUCAAGUGAAAGCUCCACAGAUGAGGAGGAAGAUAUGAUGGCUGAGAAGCAUCACAUCGCUAAGGAAAUAAUACCAGAUUCUUCCCUGGGAUUACGGGAUUGCACUGGGAAAAGUCUGCUAUUACAAAAGCUUCGUCAUUACCGUAAAGAAGCACCUCAGCCUCCUGCUAAGGCUUCAAAGCAAGUCAAAAGAGAUGGAGUUAGGCAGAAGUUUGAGAGUCUAGAAGGAAAAAACACUCUGAAAAUCAAGAGAAAGCAAUGUCUAAAAGUGAGAUGGGAAGCAGACAAGGUGAUUUCCAGGGUGCCAGUGAGAUCUGAACCAGAGAAAGGAAAUCUUUUUCCAGGCCAUGUGAACCAUGGGGCUGACCAUUCAAGAGAAAUUCAGCAAGAGACAGAGGAAGCUUCACAUUCAGAAAAUGCUCCAGAGCCCCCUCUCAAUAAAGUAACAAGGGCAGAAGAAAGCCAGAGAGAGCUGUCCCAAAAAGAAAAGCAGAUGAAAGAGAAACAUAGGAGGCAGAAACUACAGGAGCAGUUGGAGAGAUUGCAGCCUCAGCACUCAGUUACUGGAAAGCAGCCCAUGGCAGAGAAAACACCUCUUUUGUUUCACAUGGAAGCUUCUUCUUUGCCAGAUAUUAACACAUUGCCUAGUCAUGACAGCAUGAAACAUGAGAUGCUUCUGAUGACAAUUUGGCUAUCCAGUUGUGGACAGGUAGCUGCCUUUGGUCAGCAUGAUGGACAUUUCCCAGAGACUGUAUUGACAGCAGCCAACAUCUAUCAAGCCCUUGUUACUUGGCUUCUCUCCUUGGUACCUUCCUUGAAACUGAAUGGUGGGAUCAAAGCUCCAUUCCAGGUGGUGGGGCUGCAGCAGAUCUGGCGAGAGGAUGGAUUAGCACUGUAUGCUUGCCUAAUUCCACCUGACAAAUCUCCAGCCCAGAACUGCAUCAAGAUCCAGAAGCACAAAGGAAAGGAAGACCUUGGAGGAACAUCCAUUUUUUACCAGCAGAUUUCCACUUUUCUAUCCCAUACAUGGCUUCCAGAUGUUAUCUGGUGGGAAGCAGAACUGACCAAUUGCCUCCAGGACCAGCCAUAUUCACUCCUUCCUGAAAUUCCUACUGUUCGACUCAGCUGUGUUUCUACCAUUAACCCUGACCCUAAGGUAUCACAUAUGAACCAUUAAUGUGCUACCGUGAACAGAUCCAAA